AUGUCACCUCCCGCAACACUCAUCCCAUGCACCCCCCACGACCUCCCCCUCCUCGCAAAAAUCGAAUCCACAGUCUUCCUCCACGACCCCUUCGCCAUCGUAGCCUUCGGCCCGAAAAAAGACACGGCGGAGAACUUGGCGUUGAGGACUAAGGGACUGUUGAAAACGUUGAAACCACAGCAGGGUAAAAGGACCAAAUAUGUAAAAGCGGUACUGGGGGGCGUGGUUGUGGGGUGGAGUAGUUGGAGUUUUGUUGAUGUGGGGGAGGGGGUGGUCAAGGGGGGUGCGGAAGGGGAGGGGGAUGGGGAGGGAGAAGGAAAAGGGGAAGAGAAAGAAGAAGAUGUAGGUUGGGGCAUCUCAGCCAACAUUGAAUUCCUCCAAGAUGUCUUUAUAAAAGGCGAUGAAAUGAUGAUGAAAUCCACUGACUCCAAACCCUACGCUAAACUCAACGCCCUUGUAAUCCUCCCCCCUUACCAACGUCGCGGGAUCGGCACUCUCUUGCUUUCGGAAGGACUCAAAGAGGUAGAUGCGCUCGGAUUGCAAUGUGUGCUCGGUGCUAGCCCCGAAGGGUAUGGAUUGUAUGAGCGGUAUGGGUUUAAGGAGGUGGGGAUGAUGGAGUUGAAGUUGUGGGAGUAUGAAGGGGGGGAGGGGUUGGGGGAGACGAGGCAUGGUGUUAUGAGGAGGGCUCCGCAAGGGGUGUGA